GAGUGGCAUGAACCAUGGCUGAGGGUGGCGAUUUGAUUAUAAAAGAUGGCUCGGAUGCUGACUUCGAGUACACAUGUUCUCCAUGUGGGGAGGAUGAUGUCAGAGAAGAGGCUGUCAAGUAUUGUCCCGUGUGUGAUGAAUAUCUGUGUACAUCAUGUUCACGACAUCAUGGUCGACAAAAAGCUACACGUUCACAUACGUUAGUAAAUUGUGAUGCGUCAACAAAAGGUACAGCGGUAACCAUGGUUACAAAAACAAAAUGUCGUUAUCAUCCAGAUCGCGACAUUGAAAUGUACUGUGGAGCACAUGACAUGGUCUUUUGUAACAAAUGUAUAAUUGAUAAUCACAGAUCCUGCAAUGGAGUAUCUUAUGUAGAAGACGUGUCUUCACAUCAGAUACAAGAAAUUGAGCGACUCAAGACGGACAUGAAAACAAUUCAAGAGCGUUUAGAUGACACUGACUAGAAGUUCCAUACGAACAUCA